CAGGCUUGUACGGAGAGUCGAGGGCUGUUCCCUUUCCCCUCCGCUCAGCACGCCGACACCAUACAUUCCACACCAUGGCUGCCACGGACGUUGACGUAUUUUCGAAUGAAGAGAAGCGUAACCUCAGUUUGGGUGGCCAUGUUGGAUUUGACAGCCUUCCUGACCAGCUGGUCAGUAAAUCGGUCACACAGGGUUUUUGCUUCAACAUUCUGUGUGUAGGAGAGACUGGUAUUGGUAAAUCAACAUUAAUGAACACACUCUUUAACACCACAUUUGAGACCGAAGAGGCGAGCCAUUACCAGAACGGCGUGUAUCUGCGACCGCGAACGUACGAUCUGCAAGAAAGCAACGUCCAUCUGAAGCUAACAAUUGUGGACACUGUUGGCUUUGGUGACCAGAUAAACAAAGAGGACAGUUACAAGCCCAUCGUGGACUACAUCGACACUCAGUUUGAAAACUAUCUCCAGGAAGAGCUGAAGAUCAAACGUUCGCUGUUUAACUAUCACGACACCAGGAUCCACAUCUGCCUUUAUUUCAUUGCCCCGACUGGACACUCUCUCAAGUCCCUGGACCUUGUUACUAUGAAAAAACUGGACAGCAAGGUCAACAUUAUUCCAAUCAUUGCCAAAGCAGACACAAUCUCCAAGAGUGAGCUGCAUAAAUUCAAAAUAAAGAUAAUGAGCGAGCUUGUGAGCAAUGGAGUCCAGAUAUAUCAGUUCCCAACAGACGACGACACCGUCAGUGAGAUCAAUGCCUCAAUGAACGCCCAUCUGCCAUUUGCUGUGGUUGGAAGCGUAGAGGAGGUCAAAGUCGGGAACAAAUCAGUGAGGGCCAGGCAGUAUCCCUGGGGAGUUGUGCAAGUUGAGAACGAGAGCCACUGUGACUUUGUAAAACUCCGAGAGAUGCUGAUUAGAGUCAACAUGGAAGACCUGAGGGAGCAGACGCACGCCCGCCACUACGAGCUGUACCGGCGCUGUAAGCUGGAGGAGAUGGGCUUCAAAGACACAGACCCCGACAGCCAGCCGUUCAGCCUUCAAGAGACGUACGAGACCAAGAGGAAAGAAUUUUUAGGGGACCUGCAACGGAAGGAGGAGGAAAUGCGGCAAAUGUUUGUUAACAAAGUAAAAGAAACUGAAGCAGAACUUAAAGAAAAGGAGAAAGAGCUGCAUGAAAAGUUUGAGCAGCUGAAGCGUAUGCACCAGGAGGAGAAGAGGAAGGUGGAGGAGAAGCGGAGAGACUUGGAGGAGGAGAUGAAUGCCUUCAACAGGAAAAAAGUGGCGUCCGAAACACUGUCCUUAUCUCAGCCCCUCAAGAAAGACAAGAAAAAUUGAUUUGUGGGCGCAGUACACCCAUCCACACACGACCAUGGAUUUGUCCUCCAUCAUCAUAGCAACAACAACAUCUGGCCAUUUUUGUUCGUUUCUUUUCGUUUUUGUUUUGACAUUCCAUCAUGACAUUGUGCACAUGGACCAAACACACUGAGGAUGAUGAUGAUGGUGAAGCCACAGGAGAGAGAAAGAUGGUGAGAGAUAAUGAGGAGAAAUGUUCACGUUCCAUCAGUGGCCAUCUCAUUAACUCAGGAUCUUUUUUUAUUAUUUUUUUUUUUUUCUGUGCAGCU